AAAAAGAAAAAACGAAAAGGGACAAGAAAUUGCCCUCCUAGCAGUGACGCUCCUAGCUUGAAUCCGAAGUCGUGGCCAGUUUGAGUGAGUUAUGCCGUCGUAUAAGAGCCGAAAGCAGCGCCAGCAGCGCCGCGUUAGAGAGUCCUCAGGGGUUCUCCUCUAGCGAAUGGUGCUGGCCUCCUCCUCCUGCUGCUGCUUCUCUGCACCCUCGUAAAACGUCAUGGCGGUUGACCCAGCCGUUAGAUCCAUCCCCCUAGAGGGCCUUUCUCUGGCGAUAGUCGUCGUGUCUCUGAUCUUUCUCGUGUUUUCAGUGCUCGCGGUGGGAGGGAGAACGUACGUUAGAUUAUCAGAACGCUCGUUCGGGCUCGACGAUGGCUUGAUGCUCUUCGGAACGCUCGUGUACAUGGCCGAGGUGGCGCUCUCGAGCUACGCCUCGUUCGUGGGGCUGGGCACGCACGACGGGCGGCACAACGAGUUCCUGGCGGAGGAGGGCAAGAAGUGGUUCACGAUCUGGAUCCUGGUGUACGUGCACGCGCUGGCGACGGUGAAGAGCUCGGUGUGCGUGACGCUGCUGCGGAUCGCGGGCGGCGCGCGCCGGCGCCUGCGGCUCGCCGUCUGGGCGCUGCUCGCCGUCACCUGGGCCUCGUACCUCGUCACCUUCGUCGGCGACGUGCUCGUCUGCCGGCCCCUCGAGGCCUCCUGGGACGCCCGCCUCGUCCGCGCCGGCGCCGCCGACUGCGCCCCCAUGCGGCUCAUGAUCGGCCUCAGCCACACCGCCACCGGCUCCUCCGUCGCCACCGACCUCGCCUGCGCCGUCCUCCCCGGCUUCGUCCUCUGGAACACCCAGAUGGACAGGAGGGCCAAGCUCUCCGCCUACGGGCUCCUGUCCUUCGCGUCGAUCGCAUCCAUCGUCACCAUAAUCCGCGCGUUCUACAUCCAGCACUACAACGCGCCCGACGACAACCUCCUCUUCUGGGUCGGGCACAUCGCGCUGUUCUCGAACGUCGAGAUCGGGAUCGGGUGCAUCGCGGGGUCGGUGCCGCCGCUGCGGCGCAUCUUCGCGCGGCGGUCGCGCGCGGGCCCCUUCCGCGCCUCGCCGUCGUCGUCGUCGUCCUCGGGCUCCUGCUCGUCCGGCGGCGGCGGCGCGGCGCGCAAGCCGCGGUCCCUCGUCACCUUCGGCCGCCUGCCCGCCGACGGCCGCUCCCGCUCCCGCUCCCGCUCCACCUCCCGCUUCCGCAACCCCACCGACGUCGGCUUCAGCCGGACCACCGUCCGCGCCGCCCCCGCCGCCGGCCCCGCCCGCGACCGGGAGCUCCCGCGACACCCCGCCGCCCCCAAACCCGACCUGCUCGCCGAGGGCUCCGUCUGCGGCGACAGCCACGGCAUCCACACCGACUACACCUACACGGUGGAGCGCUCCCCGCCGCGGCCCGCCGCUGCCGCCGACGACAAGGUCUGACGGCCCCCGGCCGGUGCCCC